AUGUCACAUGAUUGCAAUGACCCAAAUCACUCACAUGAUGUUCAAGAUGGUGUUGAGUUCAGUCUCAACAAGUAUAUUGACUCUGCUCGUGUCACUUGUUUGAAUGAGAAGGUCAAAGGUUCAGCAUGUAAUAUAUUCAAACAAUGGGAGAAUAGAUUGGAUACAUCCAGAGUCGUAGAGAGUUGUGAUGAUGCUGAACUCAUUAUCAACAUACCAUUCAAUGGAAUGUGUCAGAUAAAGAGUAUUAUUGUUAUUGGUGGUCCAAACAAAUCAUCGCCAUCAAAGAUGAAAGCAUACCUGAACAAGGAGAACUUGGACUUUGGCAACAUCACAAACACAGCUGCCAUCCAAGAAUGGAAUCUGCACGAGGAUCCAGAUGGAAAGAUUGCCUAUGGCACCAAGAUUACAAAGUUCAACAAUAUCAACCUUCUGACGCUGUACUUCCCAGACAACUUUGGCGCAGACAGCACCAAUAUCCAGUACAUUGGAUUGAAGGGUACAUACACCAAUGCCAGACGCGAGGUCUUCACGACUGUAUACGAAAGUCGUCCACAAAUGUCAGAUCACAAGAAUACCAACGAAGAGUUUGUGUCUAGAGCCUUAGACUAA